UGUGGUUGAAAAAGAUCCAAGAAUGAAUAAGUGAUAAUUGAGUGGCCAGACAGACUCAUUUUUCUUUUCUCUUGUAUCUAUAUCUAUAUAUAACCAUCACACCAUUCUUCAAUUCUUCAAUUCUUUUAUUUCACUCCUCUCUUCUUAAUUAUCAGAAUGGGAAGUUCUGGAACAAACGAGUAUGGUGCAUACACAUACCAAAACCUUGAGAGAGAGCCUUAUUGGCCAUCAGAGAAGCUAAGAAUUUCCAUCACCGGUGCCGGUGGUUUCAUCGCCUCACACAUUGCUCGCCGCCUUAAGACGGAAGGUCAUUACAUUAUUGCUUCUGAUUGGAAGAAGAAUGAACACAUGACUGAAGACAUGUUCUGCCAUGAGUUUCAUCUUGUUGAUCUUAGGGUUAUGGAUAAUUGCCUCAAAGUUACUGAGGGUGUUGAUCAUGUUUUCAAUCUUGCUGCUGAUAUGGGUGGGAUGGGGUUUAUUCAAUCCAAUCACUCUGUUAUUAUGUAUAAUAAUACAAUGAUUAGCUUCAAUAUGAUUGAGGCUGGUAGGAUUAAUGGUGUUAAGAGGUUUUUUUAUGCCUCUAGUGCUUGUAUCUAUCCUGAAUUUAAGCAGUUGGAAACAAAUGUGAGCUUGAAGGAGGCUGAUGCAUGGCCUGCUGAGCCUCAAGAUGCAUAUGGGUUGGAGAAGCUUGCAACAGAAGAGUUAUGCAAGCAUUAUAACAAAGAUUUUGGAAUUGAGUGCCGUAUUGGGAGGUUCCAUAACAUAUAUGGCCCUUUUGGAACAUGGAAAGGUGGAAGGGAGAAGGCUCCUGCUGCUUUUUGUCGGAAGACACUUACGUCCACAGAUAAAUUUGAGAUGUGGGGAGAUGGAUUGCAGACACGAUCCUUUACCUUUAUUGACGAGUGUGUUGAAGGUGUGCUUAGAUUGACUAAAUCAGACUUCCGGGAACCGGUGAAUAUUGGAAGUGACGAAAUGGUGAGCAUGAAUGAGAUGGCUGAGAUUGUUCUUAGCUUUGAGAACAAAAGCAUACCAAUCCAACACAUUCCUGGUCCAGAGGGUGUUCGUGGCCGCAAUUCAGACAAUACUCUUAUCAAAGAGAAACUUGGCUGGGCUCCAACAAUGAAGUUGAAGGACGGACUGAGAAUUACAUACUUCUGGAUUAAGGAGCAGCUCGAGAAAGAGAAAGCUGGAGGCGCUGACUUAACAUCCUAUGGAUCAUCCAAAGUGGUUCAAACUCAAGCACCUGUUCAACUAGGUUCUCUUCGGGCCGCAGACGGCAACGAAUGAAGUAACCAAAGCGCAGUUGUUGGUAUAUUCACAUAAAUGUUUCAAGUGAAGGACUAGUUUUAUAUUUACUAUUUUGAAGAGAUGUUUGGUUAUUGUUAAUAAGUUAUAUUAAGUUUAAUUUCGGAAGUUGUAAUGCGGUUAUUGUGUUUUAUGUGUAGCCUGUUUUUAGGCAGUAUUUGGUGAAUAAGUUUAUGUCACUGCAGUAGGAAUUAUGAUUGUGUUUUUUAAGUAUGAAUGAUUGAGGCUUAAGACAAAGUUGUUUUCUUUCA